AUGGUGACUGCUCGAUUCAAUCGUCUCACCACUCUACUCGUCCUCACUCACCGCCAAUUGGCAACGUUUUCCGGUCCCCGCAACUUACACACGUUGCGCGCUUUGAUGAAUAAUCGAAUGGCCCCACAAUCUUCGUCUCUCAGAGCUUUUUCGGCUUCAGUUUCGCAGCCUCACACCCACCUGACUUGCAGCCACGACGAGGCGAGGUUUAAGUCGUUGACGGAGGACCAGGUGCUGGCUGAGCCGAUUCCCAGCACUCAAAAAGCCGCUGUCUUCCACAAAUUUGGCCAACGAUAUCAGUUUGAGAAAAUUUCGGUGCCUGAGAUUGGAGAUGAUGACAUUUUGGUGAAAGUAAUUUACUCUGGAGUCUGCCACACCGACAUUCACGUCUGGCUUGGAGAUUUCCCUAUGGAAGCGAAAGAACUGCCAAUUGUCGGAGGUCAUGAGGGUGCGGGAGUUGUGGUCAAAGUGGGGCAGAAUGUAAAGGACUUCAAGAUCGGGGAUCGAGCCGGCAUUAAGGUGAGCCUAACGUUAAUUAGGAUAAAAUAAAGGCCAUUGCCGUCAGAAUCAUUUAUUAUUCCCUUUUUCAACGAUGACUUUUCCUAUAUUAUUUCUUUUUUUAGUGGGUAAACUCGUCAUGUACGACCUGUGAGCAUUGUAAAAAAGGAAACGAGCCAAAUUGUGGUGACGUCGUUUUAAGUGGAUUCCACAGAGAUGGAUCUUUCCAACAAUAUGCGGUUGUAAACGGAAACGAAGCAGUUAAAAUUGUUGAUGGAAUUGAUCUGGUCGAGGUUUCACCCAUUCUUUGCGCUGUAAGUCAUUUCAAAUUCUUGUAGCCGCCAUGGAAAACCGCUCAAGAUCUAAACAGCCCGCAGAAACAAUAUUUCUUGCCAUAUUUCAUUUAUAUUUUCAAAUUUUUUAGGGAGUGACCGUCUACAAGGCCCUCAAAGAUUGUAAUAUCCAAGCCGGCGACACUGUGGCCAUAACCGGCGCCGGUGGCGGCCUUGGCUCUCUUUGCAUCCAAUAUGCCAAGGCCAUGGGUCUGCGGGUGUUGGCGGUUGAUGCGGGCGAAAAGCAAAUGCAUUGUCGGCAUCUGGGCGCUGAUAUGUUCAUCAAUCCGUUUGAUAGUCCAAACCUUGUGUCCGACAUCCAAAUGAUGACGCAAGGAGGACCUCACGGUGUGAUUAACCUAGCCACCGCCGUGAAGCCAAUGGAAGACGCAACUCACUACGUUCGCACCAAAGGAACCGUCGUCUUGGUGGCGUUGCCAAAGGACGCAAAAGUGCCCGUGGACGUGUUCUCUACGGUGACUAGGUCGGUCACGGUGAAAGGAAGUUACGUGGGAUCCAGACAAGACACCGACGAUGCGCUCAAAUUCCUUCAACGAGGCCAAAUCAAGAUCCCCAUCAAGGUGCUGCCGUUGGAAUCGCUGACUGAAGUCUUUGACAACAUGAUCAACCACCAAGUCACUGGAAGAGUAGUGUUGGACUUGUGGAAAUGA